CAACGCUUCAGCCACCUUGCAAGAGUAGAGUAUAAUCGGCACUCUCCGAGAUUUUCUUGUUUGUGUCACUGGAAAUCUAUGUGAAGAAAAACAAAAGAAGCAGAAGCAGUGACCCUGGGCGGGAGCGCGCUGCCUGCCUGCCGAGGUUUCAGACGGUGUCAGCUGAUGCUCAAUAGUGUAACUAGAGGAGACAGCGCAAGCAACAGAGCUGCAGUCUAAUGUUUCUAUCUUUAACACGCACACUGGCGCACGCACUCACACGCACACACUGGAGCGGGGCUUACAUGAUUCUACAUGCAGGCACAUGCUCGCGUGCGCGGAACUGCCAGCUCCAGCCAGUGGGCAUCACAGAGAGACAUCCAGUGCCCCGCUGCCCAGGGGUGAGCGCCUGACUUGUCAAUCAGCUCAGGCUUUAUGGGAAAGCAGCGUUCUGCCCACUGCUUCUGAAGCCACCCAAAUCAAGGAGGACUGACUUUGGGCGCUCAUGACUUAAGGAAAAAAAAAAAGAAAGAAAAGAAAAGAAAAAGAAGAAGAAGAAGAAGAAGCCGGCAGGUUAUUCGUUCUCAGUUACGACAGGAAUAUCGUUUCCACGUUGUCUCUCCUGCAUAUACGGAGUUUCAGAAAAUGAAAAAGUUUGAUGACAUCCUUACUGCUCCAAACGGAGACGUGGCUUUAAUAUAGGCAACCACUGGCAUCAGGGUCUUUGAGCAUUAAAGCAAUUGCUUUCAGCUGCACUCGGGAGAGGCAUUGUUGCCAGUAUUUGGCUCAUGUGAGCUGGAUAAGCAGGUAUUAAUAAGACAAUGGCGCAGCCCAAAGAAGCUUGGGAGAAUCAGCAGAGAGUGUGGAAGCACGUUUUCCUCUGCUUGAUGGGUGUGAUGACCCUUCUAAUGGAGGCAGUGUGGGCCUGCCCCAGCCUUUGCAGAUGCAGUAAUAUGACAGUGGAUUGCAGUGACAAUGGACUGCUUUCUCUCCCUGCUAACCUUCCCUCAAACACAAAAACAUUACUUCUCUUGAACAAUAAACUCAGUCUUCUGCCUCCCUGGGCUUUCUCUAAUCUCAGCUCCUUGGAAAAUCUAGAUCUCUCCAACAAUUUUUUGGACAACUUACCAAGCUCACUAUUUAGGCAAUUAGGAAACCUUUCAGAGCUCAUCCUGCGCAACAACAGCAUCACUUCGCUGGACAAAGGCUUGCUGCAGAGUUGUGCUGGACUGCAUCGGCUUGACUUAUCCAUAAAUGGUCUCUCCCAGGUACCCUUGGGAGUUUUUGAUGGAUUACAGGAGGUCACAUGGCUUUCCUUGGCAGACAACAGGCUGCAUGCUCUGGAGCGGGCCACCUUUGAGCCCCUCUCCAACCUUCAACAUCUUCUGCUUCGAGGCAACCCCUGGGAAUGUGACUGCAACCUGAGAGACUUUAAGCACUGGCUUGAAUGGUUCCUGUAUCGAGGUGGCAACAUUGAUGGUGUGGAAUGUACACUUCCCAAGGAUCUGCGAGGCAGAGACAUCCGCAGAGUUCCAGUGGAAAUGUUUAAUUAUUGUUUACAGCUAGAGGACGAGAACGGCUCAGUUGUAUCAGGUGGAGUUGUUGUUGGAGGGCCUCCGUGCAACCGAGGAGAGGAACCUGUUAUAAUAGUUUCUCCCGAGAUUCCCCCCACUGUAGCUGUCGUGCAGACCUCAGACUGUGCUAGGCAGAAAUACCGACCGGUUAGUGUGAGACGAGCUAUUGGCACUGUCAUUAUCGCAGGGGUUGUCUGUGGCAUUGUGUGCAUCAUGAUGGUUGUCGCAGCAGCUUACGGCUGUAUCUAUGCCUCUCUCAUGGCCAAGUAUCAGCGUGAGCUGAAGAAACGUCAGCCUCUCAUGGGGGAUGGAGAUGGAGAAGGCGAUCAGGAGGAGAAACAGAUUUCUUCUGUGGCUUAGCAACCAAUUUUUAUUUCAAUUUGAACUAACUUUAGUUAAAAAGUUUGAAUUUUUAUUUGAAGAGAUAAAUCGAAGUAGAAGAUACAGCAAACUGAACAUCUCUUUGUCAUGUGGUAGUUCCCUUUCAAAAUGUGUCCCAGCUUCCACAAUUUAUGGCCCCUUUUCCAACAGCUUUGGGAUGCAGUGGUGGCCCGUUAUGUACGUAAAAACCAUUCAUCUGGAAGCAGCAUGACAUCUUUAAUCAUUUUGUUUUUCUUAUUUUUCUAUAGCUUGAAGAACUUUGCUUCAUGUGAACAUAUUUUGAAUGCGUGCUCCACUGUUAUCUGGCAGCUAUUGGAACUGUGAUGUUCCUGGCGUCUAAUCAGACUGCUUGGAACGAAUUGAACUUUUUGUACAGGUUUCCUGCUUUUGCACAGUAAUGAAUGUCUUUGGGAAGCCAAUCGUGUAAUUGGUGCUCUCGAUGAUGAUGGCGCAUCUGUAACACUUUGUAACAGCAAUGCUUGGUAAAUGAUCAGCUGUCUUUGUGGAUUCUGGUUGCAGGAUUCUCUAGUGGACUCAAGCCCAAUUAGCCUUGUUUGAAAGGCUUUGUUUUCGACAUAUUCCUGGACAUCAAGGGUUGAGGACAAGGUGCUACCUAAGGAGAAGCCUAUUCUUGGGUAUCACAUCUCAGCUCCUAUGAGACUGAGCUACUGGCUCAAACAUUGUGACCCGAGAGCUGUCACUCAGUUCUUUCUGGCUUCCUUUGGUAAGAUGUGCAACAUGUCACUCUUUCUUUCCUUUUCUGUAUAAAUGUGCAGCACUGCCAUACAAGGUCUCAACUUUUUUUUUCUUCCAUAACAUAAAUCUGGGGAGUAAAACUGGUUAGGUUACAGAUUAACUGAACCUUUGACUUUCUAAUUACAAAACAACAAUACAGUUAAAUGACUCAAUGUUAUCUCGAUUUCCUUUUUUUACUUUUUGAAAUUGAAUACUGUUUAGGAUUGACCUAAAAAAUGUUUCGUAAAAAAUAUUAGAAUAUGAUUAAUUUAUAAAUAUAUGCAACUAAAUAGUUAUAUGUGUAUGAUUGUCUUUUUGCUUUUUUUGGCUGUCUUUUAAAAUUUAUAUUUCUUUUAUGUAGUCAAAAUGUGUCAGCGUUCACACAUUCACUGAAUGACGUUUGCAGUGGUGGCUUUAAAAAAAAGG